UGUGUUCUUUGAUUGGCUGGGAGGUGUGAGGGGUGUGUGUUUUGGACCUGAGACUGGAUGGGAGACAGAGGGGGGACAGCGGGUGAAUUUGGAAGAGAGGAGUGUAGUGAGAUAGAUGGUGGAAUGAGAACUUGACCCCCCCCCCCAUUUGAGCUUUUGCGCUUCCAGUGAGCACUUUACUACUGUGAGACUGGGAUAACCCUGCGCCUAUGGACUGCGACCCCCGCACCCCGACAUGUCUGACUCCCUGCACUGCCGCCUGGAUGUGCAUCUCCAGCACCCGGGGACCUUAACCCUGCUCCGGAGCAGAGGAACAUGGGAGAUCCGUGCUAAAUAAGGAGCUAAUGUUGCGCUUUCUCUCUGGGACACCCUGACCAACUGCAACUUGCAACUGGAUUUUUCUUCCCCUUUAUUCUUCAUGUUGUCUCCUUCACGUGUUCGGGGAUCCUGUGAAUUCUGUUUGCCUUGUGCCAUGGAACUAAAUGUGCUGCUGCUCCUGUUCUCUAUGGGCUGCCAAGUGGGAGCUGUGGAAGAGACCCUUAUGGACACUCGAACAGCCACUGCUGAAUUGGGAUGGACGGCCAAUCCUUCUUCUGGGUGGGAAGAGGUGAGUGGCUAUGAUGAAAACCUCAACACAAUCCGCACAUACCAAGUGUGCAAUGUCUUCGGGCCUAGCCAGAACAAUUGGCUCCUUACUACCUUCAUCCCAAGGCGUGGAGCCCAUCGUGUCUAUGUGGAAAUGCGUUUUACUGUUCGGGACUGUAGCAGCCUCCCUAAUGUCCCAGGUUCUUGCAAAGAAACGUUUAAUUUGUACUACUAUGAGACAGACUCAAAUAUUGACAACAAGAUAUCUACAUUUUGGAACGAGUCUCCCUACUUAAAGGUGGACACUAUAGCUGCUGAUGAGAGUUUCUCUCAAGUGGACUUUGGUGGGAGACUGAUGAAAGUCAACACAGAAGUUCGUAGUUUUGGCCCUCUAACCCGCAGUGGCUUCUACUUGGCAUUUCAGGAUUAUGGAGCAUGUAUGUCUCUCCUCUCAGUUAGGGUCUUCUUCAAGAAAUGUCCCAGUGUGGUUCAGAAUUUUGCUGUCUUCCCUGAAACCAUGACUGGGGCAGAGAGUACCUCUUUAGUUAUAGCCCGGGGAACCUGCAUACCUAAUGCUGAGGAGGUAGAUGUUCCUAUCAAACUGUACUGCAAUGGAGAUGGUGAAUGGAUGGUUCCAAUUGGGAAAUGCACCUGCAAGGCUGGAUAUGAGCCUGAAAAUCAUGUUGUCUGUAAAGCCUGCCCAGCUGCCAUGUUUAAAGCAAAUCAAGGCAUGGGGAUAUGUGCACAAUGUCCCGCUAACAGUCGUUCCACAUCUGAGGCUUCUCCCAUCUGCAUCUGUCGCAAUGGAUACUAUCGAGCUGACUUUGAUACACCUGAGGCCCCAUGCACCAGUGUUCCCUCUGGUCCACGCAAUGUGAUCUCCAUAGUCAAUGAGACAGCCAUCACUUUAGAGUGGCACCCUCCACGGGAAACAGGAGGAAGAGACGAUGUCAACUACAACAUUAUCUGCAAGAAGUGCCAGUCUGACCGGCGCGGCUGUUCUCACUGUGAUGACAACGUUGACUUUGUUCCACGGCAGUUGGGUUUGACUGAUACCCGAGUCUUUAUCAGCAAUUUGUGGGCUCACACUCCUUACACUUUUGAAAUCCAGGCAGUCAAUGGAGUGACAAACAAAAGUCCUUUUCCACCCCAGCAUGUAUCUGUUAAUAUCACUACCAACCAAGCAGCUCCUUCUUCUGUUCCCAUAAUGCACCAAGUCAAGGCCACCAUGAAAAGCAUCACAUUAUCUUGGCCUCAGCCAGAGCAACCCAAUGGGAUCAUCUUGGAUUAUGAGAUUCGAUACUAUGAAAAGGAUCAUCAUGAAUUUAACUCUUCUCUAGCCAGAAGCCAAACCAACACAGCUAGUAUAGAAGGCCUGAGGCCGGGUGUGGUUUAUGUGGUGCAGGUCCGAGCACGCACAGUGGCCGGCUAUGGAAAAUUUAGCAGCAAAAUGUGCUUUCAGACACUAACGGCGGAGGAUUACAAGUCAGAGCUGAGGGAGCAACUUCCUCUCAUCGCAGGCUCAGCUGCUGCAGGAGUGGUCUUCAUUGUGUCUCUGGUGGCCAUCUCCAUAGUUUGCAGCAGGAAAAGAACUUACAGCAAGGAAGCCGUUUACAGCGACAAACUGCAACACUACAGCACUGGCAGAGGCUCCCCAGGAAUGAAGAUUUAUAUUGAUCCUUUCACUUAUGAGGACCCCAAUGAAGCAGUAAGAGAGUUUGCCAAGGAGAUUGAUGUCUCAUUUGUGAAGAUUGAGGAAGUGAUUGGAGCUGGAGAAUUUGGGGAAGUCUACAAAGGGCGCCUGAAACUCCCUAGCAAGAGGGAAAUCAGUGUGGCUAUCAAAACCCUCAAGGCCGGGUACUCAGAAAAGCAGAGACGAGACUUCCUGAGCGAGGCAAGCAUCAUGGGUCAGUUUGAUCACCCCAAUAUCAUUCGCCUGGAAGGUGUGGUGACCAAAAGCAGGCCUGUUAUGAUUAUCACAGAAUUCAUGGAGAAUGGAGCCCUGGAUUCUUUUCUACGGCAAAACGAUGGGCAGUUUACUGUGAUUCAGCUGGUGGGAAUGCUUCGAGGAAUCGCAGCUGGCAUGAAGUACCUUUCUGAAAUGAACUAUGUUCACCGAGACCUGGCGGCAAGAAAUAUCUUGGUGAAUAGCAACUUGGUCUGUAAAGUGUCCGAUUUUGGCUUAUCCCGGUAUCUGCAGGAUGACACGUCAGAUCCCACAUACACCAGUUCCCUGGGUGGUAAGAUCCCAGUCAGAUGGACAGCUCCAGAAGCCAUUGCUUACCGCAAGUUCACUUCAGCUAGCGAUGUAUGGAGUUAUGGGAUCGUCAUGUGGGAAGUGAUGUCCUAUGGGGAACGGCCAUAUUGGGACAUGUCCAACCAGGAUGUCAUAAAUGCCAUCGAGCAGGAUUAUCGCCUUCCUCCACCCAUGGACUGUCCGGCUGCCCUUCACCAACUUAUGCUGGACUGCUGGCAGAAAGAUCGCAACAGCCGUCCGCGCUUUGGGGAGAUUGUCAACACCUUAGACAAGAUGAUCCGGAACCCUGCCAGUCUGAAGACAGUGGCUACUAUCCCCGCUGUGCCUUCCCAGCCGCUGCUCGACCGCUCCAUCCCAGACAUUUCAGCCUUUACCUCAGUAGACGACUGGUUGAGUGCUAUCAAGAUGGGACAAUACAGAGACAACUUCCUGAGCUCCGGUUUCACCUCCCUACAGCUUGUCGCUCAGAUGACCUCAGAGGAUCUCCUCAGGAUAGGGAUAACGUUAGCAGGGCACCAGAAAAAAAUCCUGAACUCUAUUCAAUCCAUGAGGGUCCAAAUAAGCCAGUCUCCCACCUCUAUAGCAUGAGACUUUGGGACAUUGAGGGUCAGGGAGUACACAAGGGUGGGUAGGGGAAAUGUAGUGGUCAAAAGGAGGAAUGGAUUAUGCAGUGGGGAAACAGAACUUUGUAAUUCAGGUGACAACAUUUUAUCAAGCAUGGAACUCCCAUCAAAAGCAUAAGGCCCUUGCAUUGAGGGUCUUCUGCAGGGCUGGAAUGUUACAUUGUUUCGGUUGCUACACUAUGUAAUGUGGUGUCAUCAGACGAAAAUCUAAUUUUUUGGAAAAGUUGUGGGAAAUGACUGGAAAAGUCUAAGCAUUAUAGUUGGAGACACUGUCUGGAAAUAAAGGUGCUUACUUUUACCGUACUACCAAUUGCAAAGGGAUUAUGGACCAAAUGUUCCAUCAGCUUCAUCUGUUGCGUGGAUGCCCUGUGUCCCCUCAUUUCCGACACAACUGCUGCUUCAGGGAAAGAGGCUGUAUGCACACUUCCAUCUACUCUUUUAUUUGUUUUGUCUUCAUAUUGAAGAUAAAGUUGUAUGGAAGAACAAACUUUUUGUUUUCUUCUUCUUUUGCUUGCAUUUUUUGGCAAAAAAAGAAAAAUAUAUGAAAAAAAACCCAUUAAAAACCGAUCAGGAGGAAAACCUGAUGAUGUGUCUACCUUUGUGUCCUAUAUGUUAAAAAAUAAAAAAAUAAAUGAGCUACAAAUUAAGUGUUUGUAUAUAAAGGGAAAGGCAUUGGUGCCUCUAACGGAUCAGAGAUGACCCUGCUGUGUUUUCUUCCAUAUGGAGCUAUACUGGAUCAUUAACAUUGUCUUGGAAACUCAAUACAGAGAAAAGCUGGCACUAGGGAUAACAGGGACAACUGCUAUGGCUGGUACUUGUGGAUUAUGGAGCGUAAUAUAUGGCAUAAACAUCACUGGGCUUGGUUGGGUUCCUAUAUGGUCAUCUUCGUGGAAUUUAGUGCUCAAUUUGGCCGCACCUUCUUUUGGAUUAAAAGGUAAGAUCUGGACUAUGUAAAAUUGUAGUUACUCCUUGCAAAUACCUCUGUCUUACUGAGAAACACAUGGAGAAUUAUUAUUCCUACUUUUAUGCACAGAAGGUUCAAAAAGGCAGCAGUGCAUAAACAGGGAGAGAUGGCGAAUUGUUAAUUUCUUCAUUGUCAUUUAUUUCUUAUGAAACACAUUGUCCAUCCCAGAGAUAAAUCCAUUUAUGGUUGAAUCCAGAUAGGAGUAAAUUCAGUUAAGAAUUACAAGCUGCACACUUGGGGGCAUAUUCACGAAUGGGAAAAUUUUCGCCAGCGUCAGCUUCACAUCCCGCUCACCACUUUGCCAGGCACAGAUGCACUACGAAUACGCUAAUUCACUAAUAUGCGAAGUUUCGUCCCGGACGGCGAACGGUGGCGACUUUACACUGGCGUUACUUCGGUGCCAGCGUAUUCUCAACUUUAAUGCAUUUUCUAUAGGAUAUGAUGUAAGUGACAGAAGAUUGAGGAAUAUCUAGCUUCUUUUUAGCACUUCGUUUGGUCUGAGGUGGCAAAGUCACCUGUGGUGAAAGAGGUAACGAUCAGUAAAAUCCACGCUUUAGUGAAUUUGUGGGAUAACAAUCAUUCGCCAGAGCGAAAAGUCGCCUGUUGAUUGAGUGCGAAUAAAUGCUAGCAGCGGUCCCGUUCGCUAGCGAAUUGGCCCCUGCGUCUUUUAGUGAAUUGGUGAUGCCCCUGCGGUUACCAAAACUGGCAAAAAGUCGCCAGCGUUAGCCACUUCGCCCUUUAGUGAAUCUGCCCCCUAGUGAUAUUUUAUAAAUUUUAAACAGAUAGAUAACCCUAAUGCAUCAAAGGGCUUCCAUUAGAUCAGCUUUUGGAUUCAGGUGUUAGAAAGAGAUAAAAAAUUAUGAAGGCAAGUUAGUUUUCGUAUUGGGACAGUGUUUAUAAAGGUUUCUAAGUUAUUCAGGCUAAGUUAAAUAUACACAUUAUUGCAGUGGUUGUCAGUUCAAAGACAUUUGGUCAGAGCCCCCUUAGCUAGAAUAUAUGUUUCCACUCCAAUUACCCCAGGUGCUGGAGAUCCUGAUCCCUUAUAGUUUUCUCACUGUAGAACCAUACAGUAGUAGGAAUGUAGGUAGUAAAAAUACAAUAAAGGAGGUCUGGUUGCUGGCAAAUGACAUACUCUUCUGUUUCUCCAAAGGGAGAUCGUAGACUAUAACCCCCAAAUACAAAAAUAAAAACACUGAUAAGUAAAAAAUAAAAAUUAAAUUUAUUCUGGUAUGCUAUUUAUCUCUCCCCUGUACAUGUACAUUUUUUUUAUGUUGAAUUUUAUGUCCAGGUCUUUUUUGCAGAAUGUUUAUCAUCAGCCAUCUUUUAUAUAAACAUAGCCCCAUUCUGGGCUAUUGUGCUCAAUGGUGCCUUAGGCACUUCAUAUUGAUGUUCUUCUCUCAAAAUCCAUUCUUGAAAACCUACAUGUAUUUUUCAAAUAAAAAUCUCUUGCUGUUUUGUA